AUGGAUCCCCCUUCGCAAGAUAGCAGUAGCUCUACUGCACCUCCCUCGCCAUCCGAUACGCGACAGCAACCUGUUCGACGCGAAGUUAGGGAAAUUAGAAGCGUGGAGAUGGCUCCAGAAAGCUAUCAGUCUAGUGAGACUGUGCGGAGAAGAACAGAGCAAUCCUAUGGCACACUUCAAACACCGCCGCCCGCAAGCAGCGGCGCGCAGUAUUUGGGAGAAUCCACUGCUCACGACCGAUCGCAUUCAAGAACUGGAAGUCAGCAACCCCGUUCCCCCCUAUUAGGUCCGGACCGUGGCCGACAGCGCCCUAGAAAGCCCGCUAUGCCACGCAGAGCCUCAUCGAACACGAUAGCUCCUCAUCGAGGUGAGGUGUUCUCAACGGACGAUGACGUGAACGAGAUUGAGAAUGACACCGUUGGACGACAACCGCCCUUCUCUCCUAUACCACCUUACAGUGGUGAGUCGGCAAGACCACCUUCUGCACUAAGACGACGAAGCAUGGCCCCGCCAACUUUGUCUCGAGUACACUCGAGCCGUAGUGCCGGUCCCGAUGAGGAAGGUAUUGAUGAGCUGGUAGAAGAGGAGGAAGAUGAGGAAGAAAUACACCUACCAUCACAGUCGCACGACGGAGAUGCUGCGCAAGAUGGACCUCCCGACGACUCUAGUAUUAUUGGAGACGAGGACGAUGAUGUCAGCGACGCCGAGAGUUUUACCCUGAAGGACCGUCAACAAGCCAUCAACGAGACACACCCGUUUGGUAUCAGGAUAUGGAAGCCUGCGUUGUACAAGAAAGACCGAUCGGUUCAGAAGACUGCUGAGGGUGAUAUUCAUUCUUCUCCUGGUGGUCGGGUUAGUCGUUGGCUAGUCUUAUUUAAUAUCAUAUGGACAUUAGCAUUUGGUUGGUGGAUGGCUUCCUUUGCAGCUCUUGGCGCGGCAGCCUGCUUCAUCUUCGCAGCAGCUCCUAGUGGGAGAGAAUACGGCCGCGUAUUAUGGGGUUUGGCUGGCUAUCUCUUCUAUCCAUUCGGGAAGUUCGUGCGACUCGAGCAAGAUGAAGCAUAUUUGGACGAAGAUCAAGGUGAGGGUCGGAGCAUCAGUGAGUACGAGCAGUGGCAAAGUGGUGACCUGGAAUAUGGCCGGCUUUUCUUUGGUCCUGAGCGAAACCGUUCGAUUAUAGGUCGAUCAAGAAGAAGCAUCGAUUCUGAACCUAGCGAGACGGAUAGUCUGCUUCCACGUUCAGGCCGCUACGAACACUCGAUUGACCCGGGACGACCACUGAAGAGACGUCUUUUCGGUCGAGGACAAUGGAAUAUCGGUCGAGUUAUCUUCUUCGUCUUCUUCUGGGGCCUUAUCACGCCUUCUCUCCUUAUCACCUCCGCCAUCUGUUGGUUUCUGGUGUUUUGGAUUCCGAUGGGCAAAGUUACCAACCUCCUUUUUGAUCACCUUAGAAGGCAUCCACUGGCUUUAUCUUUCGAGUCCGAUAUCAGCAUCGCCAGGACUUCAGAUGGCCCGCAUUCAUCCAUUCUCCUUUGCACGUACCGAGCUGUUGGCCCAAAGUAUUGGAAGUAUACUGUCGAUGGCACCAACAUAUUCCUCAUCAACCUGAUGGCCGUCGUCAUCUUUGUUAUCUUUGACUGGCUUGUGCUUGAUUCCGUCCUCCACAUUGACAGCUUCAUAACUUCUCCAGGUUUCUUGUUCGUGGCCGGUUUGUUCUCCAUUAUCCCCCUGGCAUACUUCAUUGGUCAAGCUGUCGCAUCUAUUUCAGCCCAGUCUUCCAUGGGUCUUGGUGCAGCAAUCAAUGCUUUCUUCUCGACGAUCGUAGAGGUCUUCCUCUACUGCGUUGCGCUCAAGGAUGGCAAGGGCCAGUUGGUGGAGGGCAGCAUCAUCGGGAGUAUCUUCGCCGGUAUUCUCUUCCUGCCUGGAUUGUCAAUGUGUUUCGGCGCCAUCAAACGCAAAACCCAACGAUUCAAUGCCAAGUCUGCCGGCGUCACUUCAACUAUGCUUAUAUUUGCCACUGUUGCUGCGUUUGGACCGACCCUUUUCUACCAAAUUUAUGGCACUCACGAGCUUCGAUGCCAGAGCUGCACUGAUUUCAUGUGGACCGGAGAACGUGAUUGUCGCCGUUGCUACUAUUCCCAAGUACCAGCUCUCGAUGACCGUUUCUACAUCGAGGCAGUACGUCCGUUCUGCUACGGGGCUGCCAUCUGUCUUUUCCUUUCGUACGUUAUCGGUCUGUGGUUUACUCUUAGAACGCAUGCCGCUGUCAUUUGGAAUACCGAAAUUGAUGAGAAGAAGCACGAGGAGAUUCAGCACCAUGCGGCACGGAUGUCCGAAGUACGGAACCUGGCUGACUCAACUGGUGCCGAUAUUCGAGACAGCAAUCUAUACAAGCGCAUUUUGGGUCAAUCGUUAAGACAAGUCGGACUAGAAGAGAGUCGCCACUCACGUCAGGCAUCGGAGGGGUUUCCGAUAAAUGGUGGUGUUCAAACGCCGCACAAGGUUCCCCCGAAGGACGACAUGACUCCGGAUAGCAUUGGUUCGAAUGUUCAUAUUCCUGGGUUUUCCGAUGCAGAGAACAGCAGCCUUGUCCGUAGCGUCACCGAGGUAGCCGCUACAGCAGCAGCUAUUGCGGCCCGCGAUGCUCGAGGAACACGUCGCUUCUCAAGCCAACCAUCCAACGCAGGAGCUAGCACUUCGGCGGCACGUCCUACCCCCAUUCGCACAUCCACUUUUCCUGUGGAGGCGGAGGAAGUUGGUGAGCACGCCCAAGCUUCCCACGGUGGACAUGAUGCGCCCAACUGGAGCCGGACGAAGAGUUCAGUUAUUCUGAUGGGUGCCACCGUGCUCUACGCAAUCGUUGCGGAGAUCUUGGUGGACACCGUGGAUGUCGUCCUGGACAACUAUGCAAUCGAUCCAAAAUUCCUUGGUAUCACACUAUUCGCUUUGGUACCCAACACCACCGAAUUUCUGAACGCCAUUUCUUUCGCCAUGAAUGGAAACAUAGCGUUAUCAAUGGAAAUCGGUUCAGCAUAUGCCCUACAGGUCUGCCUUCUUCAGAUCCCCGCUCUAGUCUUCUUCUCAGCAGUCUACCCUCUGCAACCAAUAGGCGACUCAGAUCCCACGCACUAUACCUUCAGUCUCCUAUUUCCGCAGUGGGAUAUGGUAACCGUUAUAUUGUGUGUGUUCCUGCUAAGCUAUAUGUACGGCGAGGGGAAGAGCAACUACUUCAAGGGCAGCAUCCUGAUCUUGACGUAUUUGGUGGUUGUGAUUGGAUUCUACUUCUCUGGCUACACGGAUGCCAAGAUGGGUCAGAUGGGCGUGAGUCGGUUUGACACGCUUGGGCCCGACGGCGUCUGGCAGAGUUACAAGACGAUUGGACGUGGGACCGGCGGACGAGCAUACGAGGCAGGCGUGGAUUUUUGA